AAAUAUAUAUUUUAAUAUAUAUUUAGUAAUAUACGAUUAAUAGAGCAUUUGAAUUUCGCGGCUGCAUUCCUGGCCAUUUUUCAUUGGCCUACUACACAUACGUCACUACGGAUGACGCCAUUAUGCGCAAUGGUACACCUUUAUACUUACAUCAUGGAUGGAGUUAUACUCAGUUAUACUACGGCUAUGUUCUAUGGCUUGAACGUUCCGAGAUCCGAAGCUUCUCCUAAGAAAGACAAGGAAGCUCGGGAUCUUCGGAUUCUUCGGUCACUCGGGAAUUGAAUGCCGAACUUGCAGGAAGGGGAAUAAAAAGAGCUACACCAAAUUGUAUUUCAAUUUCAGGAUAAUUUUAACAUAAAGUGUCGAUCGGGCACUCGACGGGAUCUCUCGGAGGAUACAGUUUCAAUUUUGUAUCUCUGCAAUGUUGGGCAACGUCUUAAAAAACAAUCUCUUACUGCGUGGUAAGAGUUUACUGCUUAAAAGGUGCAGCGUACCGCAAGUGACGCACAGUGUCAGAAGUAAAUGGGACACGGUACCCUCCAAGAAGCACAACACGGCAGUGGAGGCUGAGGCCGAGGACGACGUCGAUGAACCCAUAAAGUAUUCCACGUCGAAAGCCGCCACCAUGAGAAUCGACGAGUAUCGCGACCCGGACGGGGACAGGACUCCGUGGUAUCAGGGAUACAUUGUGUCGGCGAGCAUGGCCAUCUUCCUAGGCUACUUCUGUAUCCUGAGAGAGGAGAACGACAUCGAUUUGAUGCUCUAUACCGACUUGGGGCAGUCGCUGAGCAAGGUGCAGCAGGCAGUGGAGAAGAAAGACAAUAUUAAACCCACGUCGAAGUAGGACGACUAUUUAUUUGAAACGCUACCUCUCGGACUGUUCUUGUAAAACUGUUCCCGUUACGCAAUCGUUGCUUUAUCGCGUGAAAUGUUCGUGCUUUCUGUGAAAACUAAUGUUAGCCCAGCUCGACUCACAGUAGUAUUUAUCUGAACGCGCGGAACGCUAGAAGAGAAAUCUGGUAGCCAGACGUUUUAUUCUGUAAAUAAAGGAUAAGCAAAUGUUAAA